AUGACGACGACGUUGUUCGGGGAGGCGAACGGGGUCCUAGGCCUCGUAAUGGUGUGGUUUUCGAUCUUGUUCAUCGCAGCGGCGUUCGUGCUAGCUUUAAUCACAAAUAUAUGCCACUGCGGCGGAGAGCGAGCAGCACAAGACAGCGGGGCGGAGGAGAGCGCGACCGCCGGAGAUUUGGCGAACGCGCAGGCGGCGUAUGAGCUGGCGCUGGCGGCUUAUCAACUGUUCCGAGGACGCCCGGCGGAGCAGAACGCGGCCGCGGAAAGUUUGGCCGUUCUGCGGACGGGGUAUGAACUGGCGCGGGCGGCGCACGGACUAUGCCAAGGAGGACCAACGGCGGAAGAGAUCGCUGCCGCGGAGCGUUUGGCCGCGCUGCUGGAGGCGUUUGAAGGGUUGAUCAGACUGGCGGCGCCGGCGCCGGUCGUGGAGCUGGGGUGCUUCCCGUACUCGGGGGAGGGCGGGCGGGCGUCGGAGGAGCUGGUGUGCGCGAUCUGCCAGGAUGAGUUCCUGCAGGGGCAGAUGUGCAGCGAGGUGCCGGCGUGCCGGCACUUGUUCCACCGGGAUUGCAUCGAGGUGUGGAGGAAGAGCAAGACCACCUGCCCGCUGUGCAGGCGGAGUAUCGUGGCCGGAUCGGAACCAGUAUCGGUUGCCGAUGACAUGGUUUAG